AUGACUUUAUCAUCAUUAACACCAAUUAAUGGUUUCGAACAUUUUGGCCUCAAACUCUACUCAGCUAUUAAUGAAGGUCAAAAAGAUCAAAAUAUAUUUUUUUCACCGAUCAGUAUUGUACUUGCUAUGGCAAUGUGUACAGUAGGUGCUCGAGAAGAAACAUUAAAUCAAAUGUUAAAAGCAUUAGAAGCAUCGUCAACAACUCAAUUAACAAAUACAGCUGAACAAGUUAUGCGUGUUUUUUCUAUCGCUAAUCAAGAUAAACAAGUUCAACUUAAAUUAGCUAAUCGUCUAUAUGCCCAAAAAGCCUAUAAACUUCAACAAGAUUAUUUAAAUCAACUUCAAAAUUCUUUUUCAGCUGAUAUUAAACUUGAAGAUUUUCAAAAUGAUAGCGCUAAAGUUGUUCAAACAAUUAAUGCAUGGGUUGAAGAACAAACAAAUAAAUUAAUUAAAAAUUUACUUUCACCAAAUAGUAUUACAAGUAGGGGUAGGACAGUUCAUAGUUCCAAGUUCGGAUGAACUGGUCAAAAGAACUACCAGUUCAGUUCUUCUGAUAGGAACUGAACUGAACCAACAGUUCUUUGAAUAGAACUGAACUGAACCAACAGUUCUUUGAAUAGAACUGAACUGAACUAACAGUUCUUUGAACAGAACUAAACUUUACUAAACAGUUCUUUGAAAGGAACUGAACUGUAUCAACAGUUCUUUCAGAGGAACUGGUCGGUUUCAACAGUUCUUUUAAAAGAACUGUUUUGUUUCAAAUUUGUUUUU